GGUAGGUGUAAGCCUGUGAAUAAUUUGUUCUUCUACACGACGGUCCGCCUCUCUUUUCCAAAAUGGCACACAGUGAUGCAUGGAAAACCUGUUUAAAGCCAAGAAAGGAGUUGGAAGAGGUGCUUGACAGAGUCAACAAAUCGAUUGAAAUAAAGGACGCGCACAUUGAAUUGUCAACUGUAGCACGUGCACAUGAGUUAGUCGAAUUUCUUGGAGAACAUUUUUUCCCUAACGAAACGUUAUCUAAAUCUAUUGGUCUGAAAUUUGAUGAGGAUUUGAGGAAAGACCUUUUAGAAAUUCUGAAAGAAAAUCUCUCAGUUAUCGUGGUUCAUAACCGAACAAAUGAAAUCCUAGCAUUGGCGGGACUUGUCUUAGAAUAUGAUGGAAUGCCAGAAGUGAAACUAGCACAUAAGAAAUUUGCUCUGAUAAUGGAAUAUAUGAGGCAUAGACAGAAUGACAUGGACGUUUAUAAACGCUUUAAAUGUAACAAAUGUGUAAACAUUGCUUUCCUCGGUACACACAGAGAGCAUAGAGGAAAAGAAUUAGCAACUACUGUUUUAAAGGCGGCUCUAGCUUUUGCUAAAGAAUUGGGAUCAACGCCUGUUUAUUUCCACGGAGAAGGGUCUGCACAUGCAUCGCAGAAAAUAUUUGAGAACUUACAGUUUGAAAUAAUUCAUAGGUUUAAAAACGAAGAGUAUGAAGUUAAUGGAGAAGUUCUUUUCAAGAAUACUGGAGACGUCAAGGAACUCAUUUGCUAUGUUAAAGAAAUGCAUUAGCUUAAUAUGUUUUAUUAACCCAACAGAAAUGAACCACAAGUAGCUAUUUUAGAGUAAACACUCUUUUAUUUAGACAAAUACAUAAAUUAUUCUCCUUUUGAAUUGGAAAAUUAAUUCAUCAAGUUUAACAGAAAUAUAGCAAUUCAUAUUUAAUAUACAUGUAUAAAUACCGAACUCCAAGGAAAAUUCAAAACGGAAAGUCCCUGAUCAAAUAGCAAAAUCAAAAUGACUAAACACAUAAUACGAAUGGAAAACAACUUUCAUAUAUUGGCAUUUUUAUGUAGAACAUAGUGGAUUAACCUAGUUUUAUUGUUAGCUAAACCUUUAACUUUUAUGACAGUCACAUAAAAUCAAUAAUAUUGACAACAAUAUGUGUGUAUGUAUAUG